ACAACUCACUUAUCAUUCCAACACAUUUGCAAAGACACACGGAGGACAGAAAAGAUGGACCCUUUAAAGUCGAUCUUUUUGUUUUCAUGGUGCUUUUAUUUGGCAAGUCCAAAUGAUUUGAGAUCAGAAGGAGUUAAAAAUUUCACCCAAAGUGGGGAAAUACUCGGAGGAAGUGCCACCCUCUCUAUUGAAAUUGAAAACAUGAAGAGACCGGCUGUGUGGUCUUGUGGAAAUAAGAAGUACGAGUGCGAUAGAUCAUGUGCCAAAGGUACUGAAUUUCAAGUGAGUCAGAGUGGCAACAAGUCUUCUCUUUGGAUGAGGAGAAUAACUAACAAAUGUUUGACUUGGAAAUUUCUAGACGACAACGUCGAAGGAGGGAUAUUUCAUCUGAAAAUAAACA